CAGAGGAGCAGAGGAGCAGAGGGAGGCGCAACACUGGCUGUGUUCGAGGCUCAUGAGAACAGGAAGCGGACCUGAAAGUUUUUGUUGCAGUCUGAUCAUUUUGUGACUACAGAGCGAGAGGAAAAAACAUAAGGCUGAAUCAGGGAACUUUAACUUUCCAGGAGGAGGUUGAGUAAGAAAAAAGGAUUUCUGCUUGAUUUUUGAAAGAGCUGAAUGCCUGAGAGAUUUCGUUGGGGAUUGACAGACCGACUGCUGAUGAAAGAUGAUGGAGGAAGACGACAGUCUGUCUAUGAAGAGUGACCAGUCCAAUGAUAAUCCUCCAGACUUCAGUAAAGAACCUCGACCCCCAGACGCAACAUUUCCGAACAGACAGAGAGCAGAGUCUGCAGGAUCAAGCUGUCUGUCUAUGAAGAGUUACCGGUCCAAUGAUAAUCCUCCAGACUUCAGUAAAGAACCUCGACCCUCAGACAAAAAAUUUCAGUACAGACAGAGAGCAGAGGAUUCAGGAUCCAGCUGUCUGUCUAUGAAGAGUUACCGGUCCAAUGAUAAUCCUCCAGACUUCAGUAAAGAACCUCGACCCUCAGACGCAACAUUCCAGUACAGACCGAGAGCAGAGUCUGCAGGAUCCAGCUGUCUGUCUAUGAAGAGUUACCGGUCCAAUGAUAAUCCUCCAGACUUCAGUAAAGAACCUCGACCCUCAGACGCAACAUUUCAGUACAGACAGAGAGCAGAGGAUCCAGGAUCCAGCUGUCUGUCUAUGAAGAGUUUCCGGUCCAAUGAUAAUCCUCCAGACUUCAGUAAAGAACCUCGACCCUCAGACGCAACAUUCCAGUACAGACCGAGAGCAGAGUCUGCAGGAUCCAGCUGUCUGUCUAUGAAGAGUUACCGGUCCAAUGAUAAUCCUCCAGACUUCAGUAAAGAACCUCGACCCUCAGACACAACAGAGAGGAAGAGGAGUCGUGUUUCUGUGGAGGAGCAGCCGUCCUGCUGUGUUUUGUGUCAGGACGUCCUGAAGGAUCCUGUCUCUACCAGCUGUGGACACUGGUUCUGCAGACGGUGCAUCACCUCAUACUGGGACCAGUCUGCUUCAUCAGGACACUCCUCCUGUCCCCAGUGUGGAGAAAGAUCCAGAAUGAGUGGUGGUCUGCAGGAGGUUUUAGAUGAACAUAAGAUCAGUCUGAGGAGGAGAUGUGAACGUGUGACUGAAGGAAGUGAUGAAACAGGAAGUGGAACCCUCCUCAACAGGAUCUACACUGAGCUCUACAUCACAGAGGGACAGAGUGAAGAGGUUAAUACCCAGCAUGAGGUGAGGCAGCUUGAGACCGCUUCCAAGAAGAAGACCCUCCAUGACACUCCAAUCAAGUGCCAGGACAUCUUUAAAGCCUUACCUGGCCAACAGAGAGCCAUCAGAGUGGUUCUGACCAACGGCGUCGCUGGCGUUGGAAAAACCUUCUCAGUGCAGAAGUUCACUCUGGACUGGGCAGAGGGCUCGGAAAACCAAGAUGUCAGUCUGCUGGUUCUGCUCUCGUUCAGGGAGCUGAACUUGAUCAAAGAUGAGCGGCACAGUCUCCUCACGCUGCUCCAUGUUUUCCAUCCAACAUUACAGAAGGUCCCAGCAGAGAAGCUCGCCGUCUGGAAACUGUUGUUCAUCUUUGACGGCCUGGAUGAAAGCAGACUUUCAUUGGAUUUCCACAACAGUGAGGUUGUGUCUGAUGUCACACAGAAGUCAUCAGUCAACCUGCUGCUGACAAACCUCAUCGAGGGGAAUCUGCUUCCCUCGGCUCUCGUCUGGAUAACUUCCCGACCUGCGGCGGCCAAUCAGAUCCCUCCUUCGUGUGUCGGCAGGUUAACAGAAGUACGAGGCUUCACUGACGCCCAGAAGGAGGAGUACUUCAGGAGGAGAGUCAGUGAUGAAGAGCUGUCCAGCAGAAUCAUCUCGCACAUCAAGUCCUCCAGGAGCCUCCACAUCAUGUGUCAGAUCCCAGUCUUCUGCUGGAUCACUGCUACAGUUCUGGAGCACAUGUUGACUACAGAGCAGAGAGGAGAGCUGCCCAAGACCCUGACUGACUUGUACUCACACUUCCUGCUGGUUCAGAUAAAGAGGAAGAAGCAGAAGUACGAUGAGGGACAUGAGACGAGUCCACAGGAGCUGACGGAGGCUGACAGGGAGGUUCUUCUGAAGCUGGGGAGGCUGGCGUUUGAACAGCUGGAGAAAGGAAACAUCAUGUUCUACCAAGAAGACCUGGAGCAGCGUGGUCUUGAUGUCACAGAGGCCUCGGUGUACUCAGGAGUUUGUACAGAGAUCUUCAAAAGAGAGAGUGUGAUCUUCCAGAAAACAGUCUACUGCUUUGUUCAUCUGAGCGUUCAGGAGUUUCUGGCUGCAGUCUACAUGUUCUACUGUUACACCAACAGGAAGAUGGAGGUACUGGAAGCUUUCCUGGGGAAAUACUACAGUUACCUGCCCCAGGAUUACAUCCUGAGCAAAUACUACAGUGACUUGCCCCUGGAUGACUUCCUGAGUAGAGUCAUGGACAAAUCCCUUAGGAGUAAAAAUGGCCACCUGGACCUGUUUGUUCGCUUCCUUCAUGGCCUCUCUCUGGAGUCCAACCAGAGACUCUUAGGAGGCCUGCUGGGUCGGACAGACAACAGUACAGAAAUCAUCCAGAGAGCCAUCAACAACCUGAAGGAGAUGAACAGUGAUGAGAUCUCUCCUGACAGAAGCAUCAACAUCUUCCACUGUCUGACGGAGAUGAACGACCACUCAGUACAUCAGGAGAUCCAAGAGUUCCUGAAGUCAGAGAACAGAUCAGAGAAGAAACUCUCUAUGAUCCACUGCUCAGCUCUGGCCUACAUGCUGCAGAUGUCAGAGGAGGUUCUGGAUGAGUUGGACCUGCAGAAGUACAACACAUCAGAGGAGGGAAGAAAGAGACUGAUCCCAGCUGUGAGGAACUGCAGAAAGGCUCGAUUGAGGGGCUGCAGUUUGUCAGAGAUCAGCUGUGCUUCUCUGGCCUCAGCUCUGAAGUCCAACCCCUCCCAUCUGAGAGAGCUGGACCUGAGAGGAAACAAGCUGCAGGAUUCAGGAGUGAAGCUGCUGUCUGAUUUUCUUGGGAGUCCACACUGUAGACUGGAGACUCUGAGACUCAUUAUGAACUUGUCAGAGAUCAGCUGUGCUUCUCUGGCCUCAGCUCUGAAGUCCAACCCCUCCCAUCUGAGAGAGCUGGAGCUGAGUGACAACGAGCUGCAGGAUUCAGGAGUGAAGCUGCUGUCUGAUUUUCUUGGGAGUCCUCACUGUAGACUGGAGACUCUGAGAUUGGGGUACUGCAGUUUGUCAGAGAUCAGCUGUGCUUCUCUGGCCUCAGCUCUGAAGUCCAACCCCUCCCAUCUGAGAGAGCUGGACCUGAGUGGAAACAAGCUGCAGGAUUCAGGAGUGAAGCUGCUGUCUGGUUUUCUGGAGAGUCCACACUGCAGACUGGAGACUCUGAGAUUGUGUGGCUGCAGUUUGUCAGAGAUCAGCUGUGCUUCUCUGGCCUCAGCUCUGAAGUCCAACCCCUCCCAUCUGAGAGAGCUGGAGCUGAGUGGAAACGAGCUGCAGGAUUCAGGAGUGAAGCAGCUGUCUGGUUUUCUGGAGAGUCCACACUGCAGACUGGAGACUCUGAGAUUGGGGGACUGCAGUUUGUCAGAGAUCAGCUGUGCUUCUCUGGCCUCAGCUCUGAAGUCCAACCCCUCCCAUCUGAGAGAGCUGGAGCUGAGUGGAAACGAGCUGCAGGAUUCAGGAGUGAAGCUGCUGUGUGGUUUUCUGGAGAGUCCACACUGCAGACUGGAGACUCUGAGGUCAGACACCAUUUUUUCUGCUGUACUGAGAUUUAUAUGAUGUGAAAGUUGUGGUAAACUGCAGACGUGAGGCUGAUAUUAUACUGAUCCACACUGAGUAUCUUAAUGCUAAAGACUAUACUUAGUCCAUUGACUGUGGCAGAGCAAUGUUGAGCUCCACAUUUAAAAGCUUAAUAUAACAAGAAAGUCCUGCAUUGGAUAAUUUACUCUGAAGCUCUCACCUUAAAAUGUCCUUUAUUUUUGUUUCAAUUCAAUUUUAUUUAUAUAGCGCCAAAUCACAACAACUGUUAUUUCAGAGCGCUUUUCAUAAAAGAGCAGGUCUUGUUCGUACUCCGUACUCUCAACUAGGCGACAGAGGCAAGGAAAAACUUCCUUUUAAGAGG